AGCCAGGAGAAUUCUUGCUGGAGUAUGUUGGAAGACAUAUCACUGGCUCUGAAGGAGAGAAACUGUAUAAAACAUAUUCAGAUGCAGAUGCAGCAUUUUUGUAUUUCUACUGCUUCCAAGGACAAACCUCCUGUGUUGAUGGCAGUAAAGAUAAGAAAAGACUCGGGAGAUUCAUAAAUGAUGAUCACAUCAAGCCAAACAGCAAAAUUAAAAUCAUAUUGGAUGAGCACCAAAGACCUUAUUUGUGUGCAUUUGCAAUCACAAAAAUACUCGCAGGAGAAGAAAUUGUCUACGACUAUGGAGACCCGAACUGUCCAUGGCGACAUAAGACCGCUGCAUCCUCUUGCAAUAAGGACAUGGAAAAGAAGGAAUCCCGAUGGAAGAGCUCACUAGAAAAUCUAGAGUCUGAGCUGGGCAUGAUGGAAAUUGAUGGCCUCGUAUUCAAUCCAAAAAUGAAGAUUGCAAAUGGCUGCAAUGGGGCAGAAGUCUUUCCAGGACUCUUCCGCAACUGCCCUGUGGCCGUGAAACGAAUUGCUAAACACAUUUCCGAAAAUGAAUUAAAAAUAGCAAACUUUCUAUGUUCAGAAAAAUUUACAACAAAAUAUCUGUUGAAGCCCCUAACUGUAUUGGAAGACACUUACUUUGCCUAUUUUGUCUCCCCUCUUUGUGAAUAUACUCUCCAAGACCUGAUCGAGAAAAAGGAUUUUCCUGAGAGACAGAACCUGACUGAGCAGCGGAGACUGGGGAUCUGCCAGAAGCUUUUACUGGGACUUCAGGAACUCCACUCACAUGGAAUUUUGCACAGAGAUCUGAAGCCUGAAAACAUCUUGUUUGAUAUCAGCAAUAAGAUGUAUAUUGGAGACUUUGGAGCAAGCAGAAAACUGGCUCAUGCACAAACCACAGUGCUUUCACAAAUGGCUGGAACUCUGUCCUGGGCCAGUUAUGAAGAUGUUGAAGGUCCAAAAGGCAAAUACAAGAAGGAGUCGGAUAUCCAGGUUGCGGGGUGCUUGGUGCAUUACAUCCUGACAGAUGGACAGCAUCCCUUUCAAACUACAACACCAUACUUCAGUGAUGUCUUCGGCCUAUCUCUUAAUGUCAAAACGGGCAACUUCACUCUUCAAUGUGAAAAAAGAUGGAACAGUCAAACAGCUAUCAUUACCCGAAUGCUUAGUAAAUCACUUGAAGAACGUCCCACCAUUGAAGAAGCUCUUAAGGCUUUCAUGUACGUGACACAUCAGCCUGAUUAUACUGGAACCAUGAAAAACACUGAGCAUGAGAAUCAAAAUAAAGAUGGUAAAUUUCAAACAACAAAUUACCACCCUGAAACUGUAGAUGAGAUGGAGAUUGCAGAGAGUAUUGUUAGCGAUCUGCUUAACAUUACUGGCAGUAACCCAUUGCCUUCAUCUUCUCUGACUGAGUGUGAACUGACCUCUGAGGAACAAUGUUCAUUUUCUCUGGAAAUGUCAGAUGAAGAAGUGGAUGAUGACCCACAAUCAGAGGAAGAAGAAACAAUAGAAAAAGAAGUAAUCUGCAGAAAACCAUCUUCUAAAACUGAGCAGAACUCAUCUAGCUGUAACUCUAAACAACAUGAUGUCACAGUAAAAGUGUCUUCAAACACUGCACACCAACGUGUCUACGACAAGAAGAAUUUUUGCCUUUACUGUGAGAAGCCUUAUGCAAAAAUCACCAGACAUCUGAAGCAGAAGCAUUCAAACAAACCUGAUGUGGCCAGAGCACUUGCACACAAGCAAGGAUCAACAAUGCACUGUUUGCUUUUGACCAAAGUAAGAAACAUGGGAAACUAUAACCACAACUGUUCUGUCCUGUCCUCUGGGAAAGGACAAAUCAUACCAAAAAGACAAGCAACCUGUCAAUCAGCUGCAACGGACUACCUUCCUUGCAAGUUUUGCUUUGCUAUGUAUGUCAAGACAGAUCUAUGGAGACACCACAAGCGUUGCAGACUCCAAGUGAAAGAAGGUAGCAUUGUCAAAAGAAGAGUUCAGGCAAGUUCUUCUUUGAUGUUACCUAUGAAUACUGUUACUUCCAAUGGACUUAAAACAGUUCUCCAGGAAAUGACAUAUGACAAAGUAACUCGGUUAGUAAUGGCUGACGCACUCAUUAUUUCACUGGGAGAGAGAAUGUUCCUCAAAAAUGGAGAAAUUGGACGACAUCGAGCAGACAUCAGAAAUAAAAUGAGGGAACUAGCCAGACUUGUCCUGGUGGCAAGAAACAUUGACAAGGACAUUGUCUUUUUGAAGGACUUGAUCUGCCCAGGAAAAUUCAACACAGUCCUUGAGGCGGUAAAACAGAUGACCGGGUUUAAUGCCUCAUCCAACAGAUUCGCAGUGCCCUCAACAGCACUGAAACUGCGGCAUUCUCUUGUGAAAGUGUCGUGCAUUUUGCAAGGAGAGGCGCUGCGUCAAGAGGAUGUUGCUUUAAAAUCAAAAGCAGACCAAUUUAUCAAGUUAAUUGAACUGGAAUGGACAACACAUGUGUCAUCGAAUGCCCUGAAAACUCUUUACCAGAAGAAAUGGAAUAUGCCCCAAAUACUGCCUUUGUCAGAAGACAUCAAAAAGCUCCAGGACCAUCUGAAGAACCUUGAAGUGGUCAACAAAAAAAAUCUCAUGGAUCAGCCAAACCAGAAUUCAUGGAGUCAGCUGUCUCAAGUCACUCUGGCACAACUAAUACUUUUCAACCGCCAUCAUGAAGGGGAAGUUUCAAGAAUGGAACUCAACACAUAUUUACAAAGGAACAAUCACAGCAUGCAUGAUGAAGUUUUGGAGAGCCUUUCACCGUUUGAGAAAAAACUUUGUGAGAAUCUCACCAGAGUAGAGGUACGGGGAAAAAGGGGACGCAAAGUGCCUGUGCUAUUCACAAUAAACAUAAAAGAGUCUGUGGAACUUCUGAUUAAAACUAGAGAAGAAGUUGGGAUUUCCCCUACCAAUCCCUACAUUUUCGCUCUGCCAUUUUUUGGCUCCCAAGAGAGCAUUCGGGGUUAUGACUGCUUAAAACGGUUUUCAGAAAGCUGUGGAGCUAAACAACCAAAGAAUCUUACAUCAACAAAACUACGAAAGCAUGUAGCCACAGUUUCACAGCUCUUAAACCUACAAACCAACGAACUAGACCAGCUGGCAACUUUCAUGGGACAUGAUAUUGAGGUCCAUAGAGAGUUCUACAGACUACCUGAAGAAACACUCCAAAUGGCAAAAGUCAGUAGACUUCUGUUUGCUCUGCAAGGUGGAAUGGGUAAAUUCAAAGGGAAGUCCCUGGAAGACAUCACACCAAACAUCAACUCUGAGGAGGAGUCUAGUGACUCAGAUGCAGAUGUCCAAUCGGAAGGGACUGCUACCAUUAAUCAAAAAGAAACUUCAAUGGAUAAAGACUGCGAAGACAGCACUGCAUCAUGCAAGGCAACUGAGGGCAUUAAAAAGUCAUCAUUGCCAUAUAGUCAAAAAGGGACAUUGAAAAGGCCAUGGUCAGAGAUGGAGAGAAAAGUCACUGAACAGCAUUUCAAGGACUUCUUGAGAGAACUGAAGAUCCCUGGAAAGGUGGACUGUCAAAGGUGCAUAAAUGACAAUCAGAUCCUAAGGGAUAAUGGAAGAGACUGGAGAGCAGUGAAAUAUUUUGUGCACAACAAAAUUACAGCUAUAAAGAGGAGUUUGUACUAACAAUAGGACCAACAAUGCUUCGAAACGGACUCUCUUCACAUCACAUGAUAGACUAUCAGUGUUGUUUGCCUGAAUGCUGGGAGCUCGCAUUAUGGAUUAUCAGUGUUGUUUGCCUGAAUGCUUGGAGCUUGCAUUAUGGACUAUCAGUGUUGUUUGCCUGAAUGCUGGGAGCUUGCAUUAUGGACUAUCAGUGUUGUUUGCCUGAAUAUUGGGAGCUCGCAUUAUGGACUAUCAGCAUUGUCUGCCUGAAUACUGGGAGCUUGCAUUACCGAGCAUCAGUGUAAGGGUUACAAUGUUAGGAGCCCAUGUAAACGGAGCACCAGUUUUGGGUAACAAUUUUGGUAGUUCAUGUAAACGGAGCACCAGUUUUGUGUAACAAUGUUUGUAGUUCAUAUAAACGGAGCACCAGUGUAAGGGUAACAAUGUGGGUAGUUCAUGUAAACGGAGCACCAGUGUAAGGGUAACGCUGUGGGUAGUUCAUGUAAACGGAGCAUCAGUGUAAGGGUAACAAUGUUGGUAGUCAAUGUCAACGGACAGAUUUUUUGUUCUUUGUAAUUUAUGUAUACAUUGCACUAUUGAAAAGACAUAAGAAAAAGCUGUUUUUAAUUUAUUUAUCAGUUAAAAGCACUAUCACUGAGAGUGGAAAGUCUGUACUACCACGGGGGGGGCUCUUAUAGUGAGCUUAUGAGAUUUUUCAUGUAAUAAGCUGUCUUGAUGGUUUAUUACGUGAAAAGCCAUUUCCGUCGUCAGGAGUGCAGCAAAAGCAAGUAAGAAACUCUCAGUUUAGUAGUGUGUUAUUGCAUGUAAUUCAAAGUACUUCAAAUAAAUAUUGACCUAUAAUUCAGACUGUUCUACACAUGGCCACUUCUUCCUUGAGUUUUGCUCACUUUGACAAAAGAAUGAAUGGUAAAUUAGUUAUUAGUAAGCCUGCAAGUGACAUAUGCAGUCUAUUUUUCCUCCAAAGAAAAUUAGCAGUGUAAUGUUAAAAAGAUGAUCAAGCUCAAGAUCUAUUCUUUCAAAUACACACAAA